AUGGUGCGCCUGGUGUUGUCGACUGUCCUGUGUGCGGCGUAUGCUGCCUAUGCACAAGUGUCCACGACCAGUGGUUCACUCUCGACGCCCACAACCUCGACAAGUUCAACACGAACAUCGAGUACUGGAGUCGAAAGCAGCGCGACAAAUGCACCACCCCCGACUUCAAACUCGGACACGACCGUCUCGACGGCCACGCCCUCUGUGACCGGCAGUCUCGACCAGCCGCUCCCAUCCCAAGCUGUACUUCCUCCUGACCAAGCAUGGUGUCCCAGCGAAAUCUUCUGUGCGGGUAGAAUUCUGCAAACGAUCAACAUUGCCCAACCAUAUGCAGACUCCAAGACGAUUGUCGACAAACCAACCAAUGGCACCACCCAAAAGGUCUUGACCGCCUUUUCCAACAUCACCUCGGCCUCGUCUGCUUCGGGCGAAAACGUUACCUAUGGCGAAAUUGUCGAUUUUCUGAACAGUAAUUUCGACGGUGAAGGUCUCGAACUCCAAGCGACGCCCUUGAACAACUUUCCGACGAAUCCUGCUGGACUGCGAGGCGUACGGGAUGAAGUCGUCGGCGGUUUCGCAUUGGCAGUUCACAAGAUUUGGAAUCUCUUGAUUCGCGACACGGACGAGUCAAAAGUGUGCACAGGUGGCCGCUGUGAGAGCAGUUUGAUCCCGCUCAACCAUACGUUUGUCGUCCCUGGUGGUCGGUUCAGAGAGCAGUAUUAUUGGGACAGUAAAUUCAUCCUCGACGGGCUCCUCGUCAGCGAACUCUACUCUGUUGCCAACUCGACACUUCAGAACUUUAUGGACGAACUCGAACAAUUUGGUUUUAUUCCCAACGGAGGUCGUAUCUAUUAUUUAAACCGCUCCCAACCACCCGUAUUCGCCGGCAUGGUCCUCAGUUAUUAUAAUGCGACAAAGGAUGCGGCAACCCUCGCAAGAGCUCUACCACUUAUCGAGAAAGAACUCAAGUGGUGGUCGGACAACCGAUCUGUCAACACCCGCACCGUUUACCACUACUCGGUCACAAACUCUGCUCCACGACCAGAGUCCUACCUCGAAGACUACGAAACUGCCAACGGUACACCCGACGCACCGCUCUCCACGCCCUAUAACGACACGCAAAAGGCUGCCUUGUACGCCGAACUCGCGUCGGGAGCUGAGACUGGAUGGGAUUACUCUACGCGCUGGACUCGCGAACCUUAUGCCAACGAAGCCGACACGACGAAUCAAAACGCACUCCUCAGGACGCUAAACGUACGCGGGACGAGGUGGUGGUGGGUCAAAUUCGAAGAGGGUCCGCGUGGAAUCAAGAGGGCCCCGUCGGAUUCUGCAGAGGAACAUCGUUCAAAGGCUGCGGCGCUCAAGGCAGCUAUCUUGGAUCUCAACUGGGACAAGGAUCGGCUUGGGUUCUACGACUAUAACCUCACGUCCAGUACGCGUAAUACGCAGUGGACUGCGGCGCACUUCUAUCCUCUUUGGGCGGGUAUCGUGCCCAACGAGGUUCAGAGAGAUGAACAAAAGGCGAUUGGAGCGUUUAGCUCUUUGAACUUGAUUAUGCGCAAGUACAAUGGGACUAUUCCGGCUACCUUUAUCGAGUCUGGAUUGCAGUGGGAUUUCCCCAACGCCUGGCCACCACACAUCUUCUUUGCGCUCGAAGCUCUCUCGAACGUGCCAAAGAACGUCUCGUCUGCAACGUUGCCUGGCCUUUACAAUACCUCUCUCGACUCGUACACCCUCUUGCCGUCCAACCACCUGGGUCUACCCUCUGUCGACAAACUGCCUCUCCAGCUACUCGAAGGCAAUAACACCGUCGGUCUUUCGCAAGAUAUCAACGCAUUGAACGGGACCGUGUUCAAUGGCGGCAACAGGACGGCGACCGACAGCGAAGGGUGGGCAGAAACACUAAAACGUGAAAUCGCAAAUCGAUACGUGACGAGCGUAUUCUGCUCGUGGUACGCGACGGGCGGAUCGCUCCCCAACGGUCUUCUCCCACGUCUCCCCAACUCGACGCUCGCACUCACGCAUUCAGAGGACCAAGACGGACACUUGUUUGAAAAGUUUUCGGCACUCGAUGUGGAUAGUGCGGGUCGCGGAGGCGAGUAUGCGGUUCAGGCUGGGUUUGGAUGGACAAAUGGUGUGUUGCUUUGGGUGGUCGAAAAGUACAAGGAUGUACUCGUGCGUCCGACGUGUCCUGCUAUUACGGCGGCGAGUACGGGCCAGAAUGCGGCGGAGAAUAAUGCCGCGAUGAGAAUGCGCCUGAGUGCUGUGGCGCCCCUCGUAUUGGUGCUCGUUGGACUGGUCCUCUGA